CAACAAAGAUCGUACAUAUAAAUUUAUCGUAAAUGAUGUAAAAGUGGGGAGAAAAGUCUUUGUACGUUGAUUAUCUCUUGGGCUUGACUUGCCACGCAGUAGUAAUAGUAAAAGUAUUAUAUGUAGGUAUACCUAUAUAUACAUAUUCAUUAAAUAAAUUUAGGUGGGGUUAAAGUAUUAAAGUAAAGACACGUAAACGCUAGAGCUCAGUCAAGUUUUGCUUCCCGGCUUCUCUUGUUGAGUUGUCAAGUACAUCGAUAACAAGUUAUUUAUUUUGCGCAAGGACUAAAAAGUCUUUGCGUUUGUUAUCAGAUUCAACAAGUCCGUCGAAAAUUCUUCUCGAAAAUAAAAAACUGUAUAUAUUGGGGCCAGAGGUUCCCUGACAAUAAGUCACUCUCGCCCCAUAAAUAUAUAUACAUAUAAUUAUAUUUUUUUAUUAUAAAGUAUUUUUUAUAUAAAUUUAUCGAUUUCUCUUUAAUAUUUAAUCAUACUCAUCACCAUGUUUACCAUAAUGACUUACCGUGCAGCUCAACAGCCAUACCAGGUUUCAUGGACCGAACACCAUUCAAACUACUCUUCUCGACCCAUCCGAGAAAUUCCGUCCGGAAGCCGUGUAUGCGGGAAAAUUGGAGAGUCAGUUCAGAAAUUAUUCCGAAGAUCCAACAGACCCAAUUAAAGAAAGAGUUAGAACUACCUAUCAAAAUAUGCAUACUAACCAGACUGUUGAUUUUGUACGAUCUCGUAUGAAUCAUUGGCUUAAAUUUGACAAAUUCAAGAUGACUAUAAAAGAAGCUUUAAUUAAAUUAAAUGACCUUGUGGAUGAAAGUGAUCCUGAUACUUCAUUACCAAACAUCAUUCAUGCUUUUCAAACUGCUGAAUCGAUCAGAGAACAACAUCCGGAUCUUGAUUGGUUUCAAUUGACUGGAUUAAUUCAUGAUUUAGGCAAGGUGAUGGCAUUUUAUGAUGAGCCACAAUGGGCUGUUGUUGGUGACACAUUUCCUGUUGGUUGUGCUUGGGCAGAUUCAAUUGUUUACAGAGAUACAAGUUUUGACAAUAAUCCAGAUGGCAAUGACAAACGUUACAAUACCAAAUUGGGGAUGUAUAAGGCUAAAUGUGGUAUUGAUAACCUGAUGAUGUCUUGGGGACACGAUGAAUAUUUAUAUCGUGUUCUUAAACAUAAUAACAGUACACUACCAGAUGAAGGAUUAGCUAUGAUACGAUACCACUCAUUUUAUCCAUGGCAUGCUUGCGGAGACUACGCUUAUUUCUGCACUGAUAAGGACAAUAAAAUGCUUAAAUGGAUAAGAGAAUUCAACAAACACGACCUGUAUACAAAGAGUGAAAAAAUACCAGAUAUCGAAAAACUUUGGCCUUACUAUGAACAGUUGAUUGAUAAAUAUAUCCCUGGAAUUCUUGAGUGGUGAAGAAAACAAUAGAUGAAUCUACUUUUUUUCUUAAAAUAAAAAAAAAAAAAACUCUUUUACCUAAAAAUAAAAAAAGGAAAAUAAAAUAUCAAACAAUGAAAAUAAAUUUGUCAUUGUAAACUUUUUCUAUCUGCAUUUAAUUUAUCUGUCUUAACAACAUUGUUAAUCGUAAUAGAGAUUUAUUUAAACUGAUAAUUAUACAUUUGCAAAGAUAAGAAACUUAUUCUAUAGAUAUUUUUGUUUAUUUACACUUUUCAUUAUCAAGAAAUUAAU